AUGAGAAGAGGUUACUUACAGCCAAAAUUUCCUCUAUCACUAGCUGAGGGCAGCCAGCGUCUCAUUAACUUUCACAUAGAUAACCUACCUUGUACCUGUGUUGAUGAAAUGCUGGUCUCCGCCUCUGCAGGGAUAGAGGAAGCAAAUACACUGGCUCUGGCACAGUAUGGUCGAGACGCGGCGAGAAC